UAAAAGGAGCUGUCCUCUCUAUCACAAGAACAUACCAAGAAGCACCUACACUAUCUGAAACAUGUCCCCAUCAUUGUUUCUGGUCUGCCUAUUCCUCAUUGCUGCAUGCACUGAAGGAGCUGUCAUUGAUAAAGAGAGAGGAAUGAACGACACUGCUUUGCUUCAAUUACUCCACCACAUUAACAAGAGGCAGAAUAUACAUGUACCAGUGCUGGAGCGUAGGCAGGCUACCUGCACAAAGCCUGAUCUGCCUUCAAGCUGCUCUUUACCAAUAGAUUCUUUUGGACCACCUGCUCUACAAAUAGGAGUUAGCGAAUCAUACCUCAGCAGCCUCAAGGAUCAAUUGUCACGUAUAUGUACCAGUGAUUGUGCUGGUGCUCUUGGUGAAUAUUACCGUUGCCUUUAUUCUGGGGAUACAGGAGAAUACGCUGGCAAUUUAAUUGAAAAAUACUUAUGUGGACAGGAGAGUGGAGAAUACUGUCCAGUACGAUUAAUACGCAGUUUUAAUACAACGUCUAAUGCAAAUGCUUAUGGCAGUAUAAUUAAUGAUUGCACUUUGACUUCCAAUGGACUAACAUGCACUGAUACUGAUGAUUGCAUUGAUGGAUUGAAAAAUUUCACGAGUGUAGCAGGUUGCUGCAUGGAGCCAGUCUUUGGAUCUGGUGUACGUUCAUGCAGUGGAGUGAGUGUCCCUGAUGCUUGUACUGGGCUAUCAAGCACUACAGAAUCAAGUGCUACAGGAAUAAUUGCUACACCUAUUGUUGCAGUAUCUUUGAUGAUACUUGCAUUGGCUGGAGUCUUCCUCUAAUAAACUAUGUUUGAACAAGUAGAGACGAUAGAAGUGACACUAGUAGUUUAGUUUAGUUUGCUCAU